CGUCACCUUUGCUGCCUGUUCUGUGUGCUCCUCUUCCCGGGGCCCAUCACCCACCAUCCAUUCCCUCUUUAAUUAGGACAUCUGAUGCAUGCCAGUGGGAUCCGCCAGCCAUCCCAUACUAAUGGUGUUGUCUGAUCAGGGUCUGUCAAGGUGCCAAGGACCAGUCCCCGGUCUGCCCCAGCUCCCCUCGCUCCGCAGGGUCUCACUCCUGCCAGAAGUGGCACUUUUAGGGGUCAGCUUUUCAAUUUGGAAAGUCUGAAAUCUUUAAUAGCUUCCUUUCUUCUACAAACUCUUUCCUCGCAUCGCUUUUCCGUGUAACAAAUAGUCCAAAUAGGUAGGCAAAAUGAUGGCUGGAAACGUCAAUAAAUAUUAGAUCACCAUUGUUUGGCAGGCACAUUCAAUGAAAGCCAUUAAGUGGCUUUACUGUAGUAAAGCGGGAUUAUAGUAUUUAGGGCUGGCCUAGGUUACUUGAGAGACAGGGAUGUGGUUAGAUGACUGGAUCCAGAUCCUACUUACUGGGGGUUUCAGCAUCCUGUAGUAUCCUGUUGCAAGAGGAUAUUAGGGGCAGCUGGCUGCUAAAGAUGGGUAUAAUAAAACAUGAAAGGAAAUUGUGCCAUUCCUUUUAGAGGAGAAUUAAACUUUUGUGGGGGGUUGGCUUGUUUUUGAUCUUGUAAGAUCCUGUAUGGAUUUUACAGGGAUUUUGCUGUUGAUGCUUGCUGAGAUUCUGCAGCAUUGCAGUUAGAAGGCCGUUUCUUUCCCAUCAGCAGAAGCUGAGAAGUCAUUUUCUACCACUUUAGGUCCUUGGAAAUACCUAUUUUUAAAAAAAGAGCACAUUUUCAUUGCGUUUGAUCUCAGUGUUCUGAGGACAGUAGUUAAGUCUGCUGUUUUACUUUUUAAUGGAUUGUCAUCAUCUAUUCUUUCUGUUUUGUUUUUGGUCUCGGUGUCAUUUUGUCAGAGAACAGGCGUGAUUUACUUCCUUUUAUUGACAAAGAAUUACUUUACAGCAGUUCAGGAUUUGGCAACCAGUUUAACCUGAUCCCACGACUGAGCGUUCAUUGAACGAGAAGAGACCUUGCUCCUUCCCUAGCCUGGACCGUAUAUUUCUGCCCUCUGCCUUAUGCCAGUGCCAGUAAGCAUGUGAUGAUACAGUAAAUGGGUAGAGAUUUUGCCUUCCUCCUGCAAUUACUUGAGCAAACAGUUUACGUGUACAUUUUCAUGUUAGCAUUAUGAGUGGGGCUAGUCCUGCGACUAGCAUUUAAAUCUGCAUUUAAAUCCCUGCAGGACUGGGACCAUAAAUGCUGCUGUGCUGUUUUUUUUCUUACUAAGCAGUGUUGGCAAUCCUGUAGCCUAUUCUCUGUCCUCCAUGGAUGCUAACUGGCAGUUUUGGCUUUGAAAGAAUAACAAGAUUGGGUCAGUAUGGUAUAUGUUAAUACAACUGUGUGGUAAUAUAAAAAGUGUUGGCUGGAUGCUUUGUUCUACGAAGCACAUUUGGUACUUUCCAGUUUCUUAUACCUCAUCAGUGAGUACAGCAGGAAUUCACGAUCGGUUUAGUCAGUUUAUUUUAUGCAAAACAAGCUGAAAAAACUCCAGUAGUUCUACAGAUUUUGCAGCGUGCAUCAGAAGGAGAAGAAGAUGUGUCACGUAAAUGCUUUUCAGGUGCAGUGUUUCACGAGCUGCCAUUGCUGUGCCUCUGGCUAAAACAGCCCAGUUGACAGCCUUGCUUAGUUCACUUGGAAACGGGCCAGAAACCGCAACCUUUCCAUACAACUCCACAGAAGUUGGACAAGCAGCUUCCAUGCUGUUAUGUUGUCUGUCACAACACGAUUUGCAUUAAUUAAUAGCAUUGAAAUUCUUUUGCACGUACACCUUCACAGAUUAGCAAAAGCUGCUUGUUGUUUCUCUGGACGCUGAUUCCCCCAGGAGUAUUUAAGGAGCAGAGUAAGCUUUGCCGGCGGAUCCCUAACUGCUGGAAGGCUCCUGGACCCUUGAAUCAUUUCAGACUAUCAGCGUGUUAGAGAUCUGCAAUGUUUUUUGUUUUUUAUUUUAAUUUUUUUCCCUUGGAAAUGGUUCUGCUUUUCUCUCUCCCUCUCUUGUAAGCAGACUGGAGGAACAGAGCCUGAGCACUGGAGAUAAGCUAUGAUUUCUGCGACCCGUUUUUUAAAAGUGUUAGAUGGUAAGAACCUAAACCCAGCCCUUUGCUAUGGGAAUGGCGUGCUAACAAUAAAUGUUCUGAUUCAGUCAAUCAAAGACAAAUCUCGUCAUGGGAGAGCUUUCCUCUUAUCCUGUAGUUUUCUUUCAUCUCCUUCGCUGCAGCUCCCUCAGUGGCCUCAGUUCAAAAAAAAAAAAAAAAAAGCUACUGUACAUAUUAGUACGUACAGUUUAGGAAAUCCUGAUGCUUGUGAAGUUAAUGUGUCUGUAGCAGGGAUGGGAUUUAAAGUGAAGUGAGACCCCGCCCUUACCAAAAGACACCGUGAAACGUAGAUAAUGUGGGCAGUACUGAGACAACGUGUUUCUUGUUUAAUAACAACUGAUAAUAGAGUGCUGAAGGCUUUUGGUUUCCACAGCAAAUGCCGAAGCAGUAAAGUAAAUGUCACUUGAGUGUAUUGUUUUGUCAACUUUGGAGUUAGUUGCUUCCAUGUGUCGCAAGAUGUUUUACCCUGUGGUACAGGAAGAGGAAGGCAAAGACUGCUCGUGUAUGUUUAAAUGGUGACAUUCACUGGUGCUCCUCCUGCUUGCUCAGGAUGAGGGACUCAAAAAGCAGACGGGACAAUCCUGAGAUAGCUGUGAUCAUCAUCGUCCUUCAUGCUGCUGCUGCCGGUCUGCAUGUCUCUUCAGAGAGAGCAUGGAUCAUUUGGGAAAAACAGAGUGCUGGCAAGUCAGCAGCUCUGAUGACGACGUGGGGUCGCCUCAUACUUUGCUCAGCCCUCAGUUACAACACUGCUGCUAAAAACAUCCCCAUUGCCUGGUGGAGUCGGUGCUGACAGCUCGCAGGUGGAGUGCAUAUAAGGAGCAGUGAGAUGAAGAAACCUCUGUGAUGUUCAUGCCAAGGAGACUUUGGCUAGUGGGGAAUCUCCUUCCAGAACAGAUUGCAACCACUCUCUUCCCCUGAAAUAGCUGCACACGGUGAACAAGCUAUGAUAGUACUCCUAACUCUCUGACUUCAGAGGACAUUUCUUCCUCAUUGCCCAGCACAGUGUGGGACCGGUUGUCACAAAAGGAUGCCGCGCAUAAAAACUGCUUAACAUUUUCAUAUAAUAACAGGAAAACCAGAACCGCUUCUCAGGCUAUCGAGGUGCAAUAUCCACACCGGGAAGAGGUUUAGGUUUUCACCGACAGCAUCUGACAGGGGAGAAGGAAGCCGGUGCAGGCUGGGCCGCGGAGGCUCAGUGCUCUGUGCUGUUACCUGCAGGUGAUGGGCGUAGCGGUGCGGCCGAGAGCCGUCCCGUGCGGCACUGCGCAGGGCCGGAGCAGCUAGCCUGGCCGUGGCGGAGGGCGGCUCCAUGGAGGGCAGCGGCGCAGUGGAGGAGGAGGAGAGUGGGGCCGGGCCCGGCACCCCACCGCUCACCCUGGCCUCCCCUUGCAGCUUCAGCUCCUCUCUGUGCUUCAGCACCGCCGCCACUGAGUGCGGGGCCCCGCCGCCGGCCUCCACCGGUGGCCGUGUGGUGGAGAGCCAGUGGGAGAUCAACAGCGCGGCCUCCGAGUCAGAGGAGGAGGAGGCCGUCAACGCACAGGGGACACCGGCGGGCACGCAGCCCAUAGGGCGGCCGGUGGAGGAGCCCGACCUGGUGAUCGAGGUGUCAGGGCAGCGCAUCCGGGCUCACAAGUCGGUGCUGGCGGCCAAGAGCGACUAUUUCCGCGCCCGCGCCUCACGGGACAUCCUGCGGGUGAAGGGGGUGAGCUAUGGGGCACUGCGGCUCCUCAUUGACUAUGUCUACACCGCCCGCAUGGGCGAGGUGCGCCACGACAACCUGGCCGAGGUGGUGAGCGGCGCCCGUGUCCUCCAGAUGCCCUGCGCCCUGCACUGCGCUGCCGAGGCCAUGCGUGCCCAGCUCCGCCUCGACAACUGCUACCAGCUGCUGUGCCUGGCCAAGAAGCAGCGGCUGGCGGAGCUGCGGGAGGCCGCCUACCGCUUCAUGAGCGACCACUACCUGGAGGUGCUGCGGGAGCCGGGCGUCUACGGCCGCCUCAGCGGUGCCGAGAGGGACCUCAUUCUGCAGCGGCGGCUGGAGGCCGGCCGGCGCUGCCUCUUGGUGGCUGAGGUCAGCGACGCCUUCGAGCGGCCAGGCGGCGGCAGCCGGCCCCAGAGCCGCGAGAGCAGCCGCCCGCAGAGCCCCUCCUCCGUGGUGUCGCUGGAGGAGAGCGGCUCCCUCAUCCACUGCUACCACGAGGCCAGCCGCGAGUGGAGGGUGCUGACGCGCCUGCCUGAGGAGGCCAACGCCAAGGGCUGUGCCAUGUGCGUCCUCUACAACUACCUCUUCCUGGCGGGAGGCAUCGUGGCGGGGCCGGCGGGCAGCGAGCCCCGGGCCCGCCUCUCUGACAAGGUCUUCUGCUACAACCCCCUCACCGACACCUGGAGCCAGGUGCGCCCGCUGGCGCAGCCCCGCUCGCAGCUCAAGCUGCUGGCUCUGGACGGCUACCUCUAUGCUGUGGGGGGCGAGUGCCUCUUCACUGUGGAGAAGUACGACCCACGGGCUGACCGCUGGAGCACCGUGGCGCCUCUGCCCAAGGGUGCCUUCGCCGUGGCUCACGAAGCCACCACCUGCAAUGGGGAGAUCUACGUCUCGGGGGGGUCCCUCUUCUACCGCCUGCUCAAGUAUGACCCCAAGCGCGACGAGUGGCAGGAGUGCCCUUACAACAGCAGCCGCCGGCGCUCCGCUGACAUGGUGGCCUUCAAGAACUUCAUCUACCGCUUCGACAUCAGCAGCGGCCGCGGUGGAGAGCAGGGCCCAGGCGGUGGGACCAGCGGCGGCGUGGAAGUUUUCCGGUACAACACGGUGGCCAAACGCUGGAGCCAGUGUGCCAGCCUGCGGCCUAGUGGUGGCCCCGUCCAGCCCUUCCGCUGCGCCGCCUUGGGCAACACCAUCUACUGCGUCAACCGGACCAGCACCCUCCGCUUCUGCUUAGCCCAGGAUGGCGAGGUGGAGGCAGAUGGCGGGCUCAAGGGCACCUUCGACGGGGAGCUUCUCAAAGCUCCCUUUGACGCCAAGGGCAUUCUCCUGCCCUUUGUGCUUACCCUGCCAGAGAAGCUGGAGAAAGCAGGGGACCAGGAGGGCUCUCUCCCACUGUGAGGUGGUCAGCCUGGCUCCGGGCUGCCAAGCAGGGAGCUGGAUUGUAGCUUCUGGGGGACCCACCAUCUCCCUCCCACAGAGGGGACCCCCUCCAGCAUGUCUGCAGAGAGAAGGGGUUCCCCCUUUCCUCCUCUCCCCUCCCAAGGUGUUACUCGGUCGUAACUCUUUAAUGUUUGCUGUGCUUUCUGCGAAAAGCCGAGCAAACAAAAGGAAAAGCUGCUAUAAAGGAUAAUCUCUGGAUUACAUUUGUGCCAAUUCCUGAUGUCAGAAAACUUCUGUACACCUGGAUUCCUAAAAAUUCCUGACAACAGUGUCAUAAUGAGAUGUUACUGUUAGUGCUGGCUGUGUGUAUGCACAUAGUUGUAGUUGGGGCUGGAGCCUUUUCUGCCAUUUGUUUUCUUUCCUCCCCUGGAUGAUACCAAGGGAUAAACACUGCUGGCAGCAUCGCUUAGCUGUAUUCGUUUUUAUGUUAAACCAACUAUUUCCUGUGUUAGGGAAGUACAGGAGGAUUGUCUCAAUUGCAGCCUUUCGUUGGUGGUGCAAUAGAUUGAGGAAGACAUGGCACUGUGUGGUCCCAGGAAUUUCAACCACAGAUAUUUAACAGAUACCAGACUGAAAGGUUUUAAGCAACACAAAUGUGUGCCACAUGUUCAUAUUUGGAAUAUAAAAAUAAAAUAAAAUAAGGGGGCAAGCUACCUUUUUAAAAUGUGGCUUGUUAUAGCAGAUAUGAAAUGUCGAUAUGUUCUUUAUUUGAAAAAGGCAAUGGUUUCUAUAUAAAAAUACAUUGUUUUAUUACUUUUUUAUCAGAGAUUUUAAAUUAUAACAAAAGCGGACUGAAGCUGUUCGGACUGUAACAGAUUGACAUGAGCAUGUAUACCACUAGAGCUGGGGGAAAUAUUUUGUACUUCAACUGCUCUUUAAUUAACUGCAGGUCAAGGAAAAUUAACCUAAACCAAAUGUAAAUGCUUUGAAACCAUCUGUAGACAGCUUAAAUGUUUCGCUCUAUGUUCAGUACCCUGUGACAAGAGGCUUUUCCAACUUGGUGCAAGACCAUCAAAGGCGGACACAGAAAACAGGGAUGUCCUACACAUGUUGAUUUUAUUGUGCACUGGCAUGGUGUUAUUUCCCUGUCUUUUGAUUGAGAGACUGCUUUAUUUAUUCUGAUUGAUUGCUGUAAUCGAUAAGCCCUUGUCGACUGCAGAACAUGCUGAUGGCACACGCUGUCAUGGGAUUAUGCUGUUUGUGGAGCAGCAUCCUAAGGAGACAUAGCCCGAGAGGGGUUCUUCCUGCCUGGAGAAAGUUGGAGCAUACUUUUUUUGUCGUGUUACUCGGAACUGGAAAAGUGUAAACUGUCUACACAGACAAACUAUAUUGAAAAGGGCACUUGCAUUUAUUUUAUACACUUUAUAUAUAUAAAAAAAAAUCGAUCGGAAGACAAAGCAAAUGUUUUAGCUUUACAGUAAACCACUGAGAUACCUUUUCUGGAAAACAAAACCAAUGUUUUUCCUGUUAGUGAUUCCGCCUGGAAUUGGCAUGGACUAUGGAAGGGAAUUGUUUAUAUUCAAAGUUCUAGUAGAGAUGCAUAUUUUAGAGAGACAUAGGGACCUUACAUCAAAGAGCAGCAGACCUUUUUAUGUUUUAUUAAGAUGUUUCCAUUACCAGAACAUUAGCAUUCUUAUAUGUUAUUGCUGCUUCCAAAGGAAGGCAGCAGGCUCUGUCCUAAGAGACACCUUCACAGAGGACAAUAGUGAAGCUUAUAGAUACUUCUUUCUUUACCUUUCCUUCCCUUCUCUCCCCUUCCCUUCCCUUCCCUUCCUUUUUUUUUUUUUUUUCUCUCCAUCUGUCCUGCACAGAGGUUUUAACACAGCAGAUCCGAUUAGCCAUCCUUUAGCAAACAGUGAUUCGGUCCUAAAAGUUCUUAGCCAAGUGAGCCCGUUCCCUAGUGAGAUAAUUUAGGCAUCACCCAGGUGGGAGCUGCAGGUCUGCUGUGUGGUGUUUAUCCUGGCCUUAGUACAGGUUGGUGCAGAGGAAUUUAAUGCCACAGAUGGCAUAUUCAUCAGCCGUUCACAAAGAAACAAUUUUUUUUUUUUCACUGAAUGAUGGACUUAAUUCUCAGACAAGAAUCCUUGGAAAUACCGAUUCAAUGAAAUUACAGCGUUGUAGCCUGAGCAGGAAAGAAAAAUGAUGUAUUUGCCUUCAGCAUCAUUUUUUACAUUAGCUGUAGGAAGUAUUUCAAUCUGGGUAGUGAAGUGCUUAGGUGGAUUAUUAAAGGCAUAAGCACUAGGCCAGAUUUUGAAUUAGCGGAGUCACCAGAAACACACAAGAAAAUGUCAGUUUUAUCUAACAGUACAAUAAAAUUUCCUAGUUCAAAAUAUUUUGUAGUAUAGUUUUUAUGCUACAGCAUAGUGAGGAAGCAAGCCAGCUUUUUCACUCCUAUUAACUGAUCAUUAAGUAAGCAUUUUCAUUCGUAUUAAUGCAUGAAAAUGUUGCUAAGUGACUUUUUGGAAGUCUCCAUGAUUUGAGCUGCAAAAAUAUGCCACAGGCUCUCAGGAAGGAAUGAAACGUGUCCUUUCUUCCAAAAUUUCUUGCUAUAUUCCAUGAGGAAAUACAUUGGGGAAUAAUCUUUGUAGUACGAAGCGUUCUACAAACCUCCGUGGUUUGUAUUUUUGCUAGCUUACAUCUUUAGCAGAGGUUGCAUCAAGUGCCUACCCACCUGUGUUUGUUUAUGCAGCGUGAGAGCGGAGCCUGGCCUCCGUCAGUAGCUGUCCAUCGAGUCUGUUGCCUCUGUGCCCUCUUUGCAUGCUCACAGCCUGGUGACUGACAGCAGCACCGUGUUUCUGGCCACGUUUCCUACUUUCUGGCCUCUGUUUCCUCCCUGGUAAGCCUGAGGCAGGUUUGCUCUGAGUUUGCUUCUUUUUCCUGCCACUUGCAUCUUCAGCACAGCCAAAAUGUAGUACUUGGGUACUAAAACCAGAAUUUAGGCAGACUUCAGGCACCAAAGACCAAAAUUAUCUUCCCAGAACUCUCCUGUUUAACUUAAACUGAGCAGCCCCUGUCCCUUUGGCUUGCAGAGGUGCUGAGCACGCCCCUCUCCAUGCAUCCACCACUGCUCGUGUCUGAGCAGCUGCGCACCGGCCUAGCUACUGCCUCAACUCCUUGGAAAUGAGGUGACGUGAUAGCCAGGAGCCACUGUUGUAAUGUGUUUGCAUGUAUGGUCCAAACUGAAGUGCCAGGCCACCCUCAAACUGUGUUUGCAUAUGUUUCGCUUCUAAACCAGUUAUUUUAUGUAAUUGCCUGAAGGCUACUGCAUUUGCAUGGGAGCACGGAGACAGUGUUUGCUUUCUUAGCCUGCAGUGAUUUCAUCCACGUCUCUAGAGGAGUGCAGGACCUCGUGGAGUUCAUCUCUGAUCUGCUAAUAUUUACAUAGUUUGUAUUAUGCAUUAAUUGGCUAAAGAUCUCGGAAAUUAUCCAGGUUGGUGAAUUCAAGCCUCCGUCCUCACUGAACGAUCUGAAACUAGGUGGAGAGACGUAGUCCUCUCUGCUGAUCUUCUUCAUUAAUCUCACAGUCCUCUUCUUUACCUUUUCCUUUACCAGGACAUGUAGAAAAUAUUUUUUAUGCUUCUUCCUCCCUAGGGCACUCCUGUUUUCAAGGUCAUCUUCCAAAAGAUUUAGGCUUGAAUUCCCUGGAGGGAACUCAGGACUCCCACUUCAUGUGUGCAUAUUCUCAAACCUGGAUGACAUUAUUCUCCUGAUAUUAGAAGAAUAUUGGGACCACAUCCUAUAGCUCUUUUCUAGGGACGAAUCCUUCCUGCAUCCAAAUCCUUCCUGCAUCCAAAUCCUUCAGAAGCACACACAGGCUCCUGCACCCUGAGCGGUGGGUAUUUUGUCUGUAUUUUGGUUUGCCAGUCUGAGGUGAGGGGCUGGAUGCCUGGUACCAGCAGACCAAGCAGGUAGUUUGGGUUCAUCUCGGGGGCGAUGCCGUAGUAAAGAGGCAUUGCGCUGCCUGACGUGGAAAUUCCUAGGGCCUUCGUUGCAUCUAAAGCUAAAUCCCUGCUUGAAUAAAGAAACAAGCUGCCUUAGCAAAUGCUAAUAACAGAUGGAAAUGUACUAUUUCCAUCUAUUAACUGGUUCUGUAAAAAGAAUGUUAAUUGCAGCAAAGCCAUUUGUACAAAUUCUGUUUACACUUGGAAAGCAAGUCAAAGGAAUAAUUGGCAAAAGAAUAGCCCUAUUUGAUCAAAACAGGCACUGUUAAGCAACAUGGGAAGGAUGCUAAUCAUACCCUACUAAGGAACUAAAUUGUGCCGUAGCGGAUGUAAAUUCUAUCCAGAGAAAAAAUAAAAUAUUUGUAAAUAAGUACCUGGUAAAAUUUAAAGUGAUAAAAGAAUAAAUUAUUCAUAUGAAAGCUGUAACUCUCCUGUGCUGUUUGGUUGGCUCUCAGAGUGUUGUAUCCCGAGUUGCACUAUUCGUGAGUGGCCUGUUGCUUUCUUGCUUUGUGGUAGCCAUCCCAUUGACUGCUCCACAGAUGGGUUUGCCCUUUAUUAUCACAAAGCUUAACCGUGGUACCGGGGUGAUUUGCUUUGUGUCUGGACUGACAUGUAGUGCUUUCUACUUGAAUGAACCCAGGAGAUUUAGAAUUAUCUUUCCCUGGGCUUUUUUUUUUCAGUGGUUGGGAAACCUAAGAAAGCACAAGAAGGGAAACGGUAGUACCAUUGAGCAGUUGUAGUAACAAGCAUUUAAUGAUUUAUUUUUGUGUGUGUCUGCCAUUAUUCAGCACCUCAGACUCACCCUGGGCUGAACAAGAGCGUCUCUGUGUAGCUGUUACCAGUAUGAUCCUAAGCACCACUGCAGCAAAGUGUGUUUUUAUUUAAGUAUAUUUCUGGCUCAACUCCUACCCUGAGAUAAUUUAAUGGGAGUUUGUAAUAGUUCUGUAAUUUGGUAGAUUAAUGGAACUAUUCUGAAUUUACAUUACAGCUCUUAAAAGCAGAGAUUGACACCCAAAUUCAGUAAAAUUGUGCACUCGGAAUGUAUAAUGGCAGACUUUUCAUUUGUUUUGGCCUAAUGAAUGCUGUUUUAAGAGCUGCUGGAAUGAACCCAUCAGUACGAGGAAGCAGCAGGCCAUUUUGGAGGCUCUCUGAGCUUCAUAAAUUACUCAGUGGGAGGAAAUGGGAGUGUGGGGCAGAGGGAGAGAGAGGGAGAAAAGAUUUGGGACACAAAACCACCUACUAUAUAUUCAGUAGGAACAAAUAAAUAGUGGGGAAGGAAACCAGAGUCGUACUUGAGACAGUGAUGACUACAUGACCAAUCUUUUUCAACUAUUUGUGAAGCAGCCUGGGUUUUUACCUCUUCCAUUAUUAUUAGUCUUAUCGUUUUGCACCUGCAGUACAUCUCAAACAACCACAGUGCUUAAUAAGCUACUUUUUUGCAGGAGUCUUGUGCUUUGCUUUUAAGUCUUAGUGGGUUAGCCUUUGACGGGUUUGUGAAACUAUAAAAUAACAAUGUUGAUGCUGCCACUUAAAACAGAUUAACUAAUGCAAAUGCUUUAGACACUGUUCACUAUUCAGGUGAAUUACAUGUGUAACUGAUGUAUUAACAGAUCAUUUUUGAAGUAUAUAUAGGUAAGGUCACUGUAAAGCUUUUUAUGUACUCCAACUUGUGCUGUAAUGAAAUAAAUACAUACAAAAAGCUUAUGCUCCCCCAUAGGGAUUUCUGGGUAACUGGUGUUUCUUUGUCAUCCAUCCGACCAGUAAACAACAUCGUUGCUCUUAU